AUGCUGUCGUUGCCGUUCAUCCUCGCGCUCGCAGCAGGUCUGCUUGCCCUCCAGUAUGCCUGGUCCGCCUGGACUCACUCCCGCAAGGCGCGCGGUUUGAGAUGUGCUUCUAUUCCUCGCUAUCCCACCGACAUUGUGGGACUCUCGAGUCUGAAAGAGGCUCUGCAGGCCGACAAGGUGAAGGGAAUUCCCCUGAUGCUACAGCGUCGUGUCGAGAAGAUGUCAACUCGCGAGAAGCGCUUGGUCACCACCUUUCGCAUCCGCCAGAUGGGCCGCGAGAAUAUCUUCACGUGCGAUCCUCAGAAUGUCCAGGCAAUGCUUGCCACUAAAUUCAAGGAUUUCGAGCUUGGCCCCGGACGCCGACAUACGCUUCUCCCGUUGUUAGGAGCUGGCAUUUUUACAUCUGACGGUGAGCUCUGGUCGCACUCUCGGGCUCUGCUUCGACCGCAGUUCACCCGCGAGCAAAUCAGUGACCUGGAUCUGGAAGAGAACCAUGUGCAGCAAGCCAUGCAGGCGAUGCCUGUAGACCCCGUCACGGGCUGGACCUCUGCUACCGACAUCCAGGGCAUAUUCUUCCGUCUGACAAUCGACUCAGCAACCGAGUUUCUGUUCGGCGAAAGUUCCGGCAGCCAGGAAGAAGCUCUUCGCAACGGGGGCAAGCUUCCCUCCGAUCACUUUUCUGUCAACUUCGAUAAGGGCCAGUGGUAUGUGGCACAGCGCGCUCGCUUCGAAAAGUUCCAUUGGCUCGUCGACAACAAAGAAAGUCGAGACAUCAACAAGAAGGUGCACGCCUAUGUCGACCACUUUGUCCACGCUGCUCUCAAGGCAGCAGUAGAGGGAAAACCGCUUUCUUCCAAUUAUGUUUUCCUAGAAGCUCUAGUCACGACAACCCAAGAUCCCAUCGAGCUCCGCUCUCAGCUCCUCAAUAUCCUGCUCGCCGGCCGGGAUACCACAGCAUCACUUCUCAGCUGGUCCCUCCAGAUGCUUGCCCGUCACCCAAGCUUCUUCCAGAAACUGCGUAAGACCAUCCUCGCAGACUUUGGCCCUUACUCCUCGAGUCGUGACAGUAUCACCUUUGCGUCUCUGAAAUCCUGCCGCUACCUGCAAUAUUUCAUGAACGAAGUGCUCCGCCUUUUCCCAGUCGUGCCAGUCAACCGCCGCGUUGCAACCCAUGACACAUUCCUGCCGCAAGGGGGCGGGUCCGAUGGGAAACAGCCUGUCUAUCUACGCGCCGGCCAAGUCGUCACAUACAGCCCGUUCGUGACACAGCGCCGAAAAGACCUCUGGGGCGAGGAUGCCGAGGUCUUCAACCCAGAUCGCUGGUUCGACCGCAGAGCAGGCUGGGAGUACCUCCCCUUCAAUGGCGGACCGAGACUCUGCAUCGGACAGCAGUUUGCCCUAACUGAGGCUGGAUAUGUCCUCGUUCGACUGCUGCAGCGGUUCGACGCUAUCGAGGACGUCUAUCCGGGCCAGGAAGUCAACUAUGGCUUGAGUGUGACACUGGCGCCCGGUGACCCCGUUACUGUGCGGCUGCACGAGGCCGCGGCGUGA